AUUGGGGGCGCCAGGGCAGAGAUUGCAUCAUUUGGCCAGAGACACGCAAAGGAAGCGCAUCAUGUGGCAGACAGACGCAGACACAAACAUAUCAGACUGUGCAGAAAGGAUUAUGGAGUCCAUUGGCUAUGCGCUGUAUAUGCAUCGGCAGGAGCUGGGGCGCCCAAGGCGCUGCCGUCGCCUGAUGCGCAUCGCCAGCACCAAGCUGCGGCUGACAAAUGAGCUGAUCUGGCUGGAACGCUGCCAGUGGCAGCUGGAGGAGCCCGACUAUCAGCAGUGGAGUGCACUAAAUCGUGAGCGCGAAUAUCGAGAUAUAUUGGAGCACAACAUGCAACAGCAGCAGCUGAAGCAGCAGCAGCUCAGGCAGCGACAGCUCGACAGGCGCCGGCAUGAGACGUGCCAGAACACGGCGCGCCCCGUUUAA